CCUUACGUUUGCGUUACGGUUACCAGUCGCCUGUUCGCGAUGUCCUUUCUGCAAACAGAGCUGAUUUCCCAUGCAAGACAAGUCAAAACUCUGUACAAGGAAGCACUCAGACAGUUAGAAAGCAAAUAUUCAGAACAUAUUACUUACGGAAGAUUACUUUAUCGCUAUCAAGCAGUGUGUCUACGAGCUGAGUUUGAUAAAAACAAGGAUGAAAAAGAUAUUGUAAAAUCAAGACAACUACUGAAAGAUGGACGAACAAAAAUGCUUGCAAAUUGGCAUACUGUACCAUUAAAGUUUGCCCAUGCACCAGGUGGAGCUGCAUAUGACAGAGUACCAGUGCAACCAGAUGCUUUAUUGGACAUGUGGCAUCCUAGGGAGAAGGCACUAUACCCAGAUUAUUUUGCCAGACGUGAUAUAAGGAAAAGAGAAUUUGUAGAAAGAUGGGUAAAGAAGUAUGGCGGCAAUGCUACAGAACAGUCUUAAUUAUAUAUUUAUAGAAUACUGAUUGAAGUAUGCUGAGUACUUUUAAAUUGUUUUGUGUUAUGUAAAAUAAAAUCUUUAUAGAAAA